AAAAAAGUUAAUGAUAAUAACUCGACAAAAAGUUGUUCGUGCUCUGCUGCCAAGUGCAAUAAUUAUGAACUAGUUGGUUUAUCAUGUGGUUGUACCAUUAAUUCCAAAUGAAUGCAAUUAUUUAUUGUGUUUCAAAAAAAAAAGAAUGCAAUUAUUUACCAAUUAAAAACAUGAAACUGAAUUAAAAAAAACAUAAUGAAUAAAAACAAAUAUCUAUUUUUGUUGAUAAAUGUAAAAAUAAUACAUUCCCACCGCGUUGAUUAUUCAAGUAAUUUUAUCAUAUGAUUAGUCCAUUAACUGAAAAAAGAAAAAACACAUGAAAUACAGAUAAGCCAAGGACACUAUAGGAAUUUUCUUAUAAAACUCCAAAGCCAUUUCAACCCCUUUUUAUUUUGUCACACCACCACACAACUCACCUAGAGAGAGAGAGAGAGAAACAAAAAAAGGCCAACGACCAUACAACACCAUGAGCCCUUCCAAGCAGCAACGACAUCGCAGCUCCACCGCCGAUACCAACUCAAAACCGUUACGAUCCUCCUCCUUCUCCUCCUCCUUCUCCUCCUCCGCAACACCCGAAUGGAUCACCGAAUCAAUCAACGGCGGCUCCCUCCGCCGCGUAGAUCCCGAAACCGGCACCGACGGCUGGGCCUCACCACCAGGAGACGUCUUCUCCCUCCGCUCCGACUCCUACCUAACCAAAAAACAAAAAUCCCCCGGCGGAGACUACCUCCUCACCCCCGCCGGCAUGGACUGGCUCAAAUCAACCUCGAAGCUCGAGAACGUCCUCUCCCGCCCCGAUAACCGCGUGGCUCACGCCCUCAGAAAAGCUCAAUCCCGAAACCAAUCCCUAAAAUCCUUCAUCUUCGCCGUGAACCUCCAGAUCCCGGGGAAAGACCACCACUCCGCCGUCUUCUACUUCGCCGCGGAGGAACCGAUCCCCUCCUCCUCCCUCCUCCACCGCUUCAUCAACGGCGACGACUCCUUCCGUAACCAGAGGUUCAAGAUCGUUAACCGCAUCGUCAAAGGACCCUGGGUUGUUAAAGCGGCCGUUGGGAAUUACGGCGCGUGUCUUCUAGGGAAGGCGUUGACGUGUAACUACCAUAGAGGUCACAACUACUUCGAGAUCGAUGUUGAUAUUUGCAGCUCCGCGAUCGCGACUGCGAUUUUGAGGCUUGCGUUGGGGUAUGUGACGAGCGUGACGAUUGAUAUGGGGUUCUUGGCGGAAGCGCAGACGGAGGAGGAGUUGCCUGAGAGGUUGAUUGGAGCUGUUAGGGUUUGUCAGAUGGAAAUGUCGUCUGCGUUUGUGGUUGACGCGCCGACGACGCAACAGACGUUGCAGCCGUGUAGGACGUUGAGUUUGGCGAAGGUUAAUCAUGACGAGGAUGAGGAUUGAGAUUUUGAAAAUCGGGUAGAGACAAUUAUGUUUAUGCGUUUACUGAUGAAUGUAUUAAUCUAAUAACAAUUUUUCAGCAAUCUCUCAAUCAUUUUUAUGUUACAUCGGAUAUUUUGAAGGAUGUUGUAAAUAUUUUUUAUUUAUUUUACUGAGAAUUUUUUAUGAUACAUUAAUGGAAAUAAAUUGAAAUUCGAG